AUGCCUCGCUCGCAUCCGGUUUUGCCAUCCUUCACCCUCGCCCUCAGUGGCUCAGUCACCCUUCGCGACUUUCAGCCAGCCCGCAACCGGGAAAUUCAUAUUCCCAUCCAUGCUCUGCCUGACGACGAGAACCUCAUGCGCACGGUUGAUCAACGGACUGCUCCAGCUCCAGCCUUCAUCGUUUACAAGGCUGACUACUAUCCGGACCCAGAGGCCGCGUCCUUAUUUGGCGAUGCGCAAGAGGAACAAAUCUCAGAAGGCUUCUUUUGGCGACGCCUCAAAGCCGUCCUGCUGAAGAUCAAGGGCUUUGGAGGCCUCUUCACCAUCUGA